AUGCACGAGAAGAAUCCAUACAGAGACAAUCCACCAAACUUUAUGGAGCUAGCUGAAAGUUACAAAUGGCUCAAGCCCCACUUGAUACAUACUGGACCAUCCUCUGCGAACAUUGAUUUCAAAGAUCCUCGCUCCUUACGAGAACUGACAUAUGCCCUACUAUGGAAGGACUUCAAUCUACGGUUGGAAAUACCCUUGGAUUCACUGACGCCGCCUGUACCGAAUCGCUUGGAUUAUAUUCUAUGUCUCAGGGACUUGCUUGAAUGUGGAGAUGAUGAUUCGUAUUGUGUGGUCGACUUGGGAACUGGAGCUUCGUGCAUAUAUCCGCUACUCGGAUGUCGAACUUUUUCAUCUUGGUCAUUCAUUGCUCUUGAAUCAGAUAGACGAUUAUACGAAUAUGCCCUAGAAAACAUCAGGAGGAAUGAUUUGCUGACAAGGAUCAAUGUCAUUCAUAAUACUUCUGAGGAUUUACUACCAUUGUUUGUCGACAAUCAAGAUCAUCACAUACACGCCAUCAUGUGCAAUCCGCCAUUCUACUCCUCAUCAAAAGAAAUCGCUGCUUUGGCUAGUAACAAAGAGUUGCCACCGUUUGCAGCAUGCACAGGAAGCGACGCAGAAAUGAUUACAGCAGGAGGUGAAGUAGGGUUUGUAACUCGCAUGCUGGACGAAUCAGCAAAGAAUCAAGACAUGAAGACUCGAGUAACAUGGUAUACUUCAUUGCUUGGACGUAAAGAGGACGUGAAUGUGAUUGAAACCCUGUGCAAGCACCGACAAGUGAAUCGAUUCAAAACCCAGAUGGCACCUAAAUUUGGAAGCAAGAAGAAACGAUCUCAUAAACCAGCCGUAGAGUUACUGUAG